AAUGCCCGGUAUCAGUUCUAAAAAAAGAACAUGAGAGAUGGGUUCUUGUGCACUGAAUGCGAAAGGGACAUGGGAUUCAAGUAAGGCAGCUCUUUAAAUUAUGCAACCAUGACUCUGAAAAGUCGAAGUGCGCCACUAUCUGAACCUUAUCUGUUACUACAAACCUUCCAAAGGAGCCUUCUUAAAACAAUGCGGAUUGUAGAUAAUCCUACACCGGGGUGAUUUCCACACUGCACACCCAUUGUUUCAGCUGCAGACACCCAUACAGACGAUGUAUAUUGCAGACAUGUGCAGCAAGAGUCAGACGCAGAGAAAACGUGUGAGAGACCAGACAGCCAUAAAGACAGAUGCUCCCAAACACAUUUCAUGCUAAUGAACCGGCCUGUAUGAUUUACAUGAAAUGUUGGUCUUAGCCUUCCUUCGGGGCAAUUAAAGUGUAUCUAUACGGAUCAUGAAUGGAAGCUCUGAAUAGGAGCGCGCAUUAUAUCCCCAUUUCGGCAGCAUGACCAUUAGGCCUUGGUGAUCUCGUGACAGGGGCUGCCUUCUCCCCUGGAAUACAUAUGACAGGCUUUUCCAGAGCCAGCCGAAGCUACGGAGAAAUUGAUAGGCAAGCAGUCAGGACACACAGAAGUCGGGGGAAAUGGAAGCUGUCGGAAACCGGGCCUUUUUCAGGAGGACACGUCUUCACUGGAUGGUCCUCAUCACUUUCUUGUGUGGCAUGUUCACCUGGACAGUAUUCUGGCCAGAGCAUGUCCCUUAUGAGAAGCUAGGCCCUGUGGGAACGUUCUCCAAAUACAUGGUGGACCAUCACUACUCUGUCCUCUAUUACGGGUGGUGGCUAGCUUGGUCAAUUCAUGUGUCUGAAGCCAUUUACAGCGUGAAAGUGUGCAGCGACAAAGGGGUGGACAGCUGGCUGGCCCGCUUCUUGUGGUGUUUCCAGACCUUCCUGUUCGGAAUGUUCUCCUUGUCCCUCUUGCUGAAGUACAAGCCUGACUCCCGACCCAAAAGACAAUAAGGACGACUACACCUGGGCCUAACCUUCAUCCCCUCGUACCGGAGAGCAGCCUGGCAGGACAUUCACUCACCUCUCUGUUUCUGGUAGCGUGAGUCGAACGGCUCUGGGCCGCUCUGUCUUACCAGGAAUAAGUUGCUUGCUGAUAAUGGAGGGAUGUGUAGGGUUUAGCCCCCGAGAGGGUUGGGAGAUGGGAUUGGCUGGAUUGAAGAUUUCCAAAAGUCAGCAAAUUUGCCUCUUUUGAAAUGAACAAGAGCCCUUUGGAUCCUUGAAUGCACGCAUGUCCCUGCUGUGCAUGAUGGGAUUGAUUGCACAUUAGGUUUCGACAUUGAAAUGACCUCUAUGGCAAAUAGGUGUCACCUUUAAAGAACCAGUCCUUUCUUCCUUUCCAGUCCAGAUAUAUCCUAUAAUUCUAAAAAAUAGUGUAAUGAAAGCAUGCAGGAGCACAUUCCCAUAUGUUUUGUGCUGCACCACUACAAAAUGAAAUAGGACAUUCAAGGAAAACAAAAAAAUUAACAUCUUUCAUGUUGCAAAAAAAAAACUUCGGCCU